UCACACUCAUCCUAAUAUUCAGCUAAGGAAACCGUAAGUAUCAACUUUUAGCAAUGGCUCAUACUCGUGGUAUUUCAGGUCUAGUUGGGAAACUUGUUAUGGAAUCGGAGGUUAACUGCAACGCUGACAAGUAUUACCAAAUAUAUAAGCACCAUGAAGAUCUUCCAAGCGCAAUCCCUCAUAUUGUCACUAGCGCCAAAGCUGUUGAGGGACAUGGAACUACUUCUGGUUGCGUCAAGGAGUGGGGCUAUAUGCAUGAGGGUAAAACACUUACUUGCAAGGAGAAAACUACCUAUAACGAUGAAACAAGGACGAUAUGUCAUAGCAUAUCUGAAGGAGACUUGAUGAAUGAUUACAAGAAGUUCGAUGCAACACUUGUCGUUGAUCCAAAGGAUAAUGGACAUGGAAGCAUUGUAAAGUAUAUUUUAGAUUAUGAGAAGAUAAAUGAGGAUUCUCCGGUUCCUAUUCAUUAUCUAGCUCUGUGCAAUCAAGCCACCGAAGACUUGAACACUUACCUUUGUGCUUCUGUCUAAGUUAUCAAUGGAUAUCUCCGCCGAAUAAAUAUGCAAGUAUGAAUACCACUGUUCUACUUCUAUCAGUGGUAUCUAAUAAUAAAGUCUAUAUGUGGAAUUUCCACUAGACCUAUUGUCUAUAAUAAAUGCUUCCAUACUUGUACGUACCUGUUGUUUUCUUCAUUUCUUUUUGUUAUGGAGUACUGUUUUUCGUCUACUAUCUUUUAUUUUUACUGAAAA